AUGCAUAUACAUUCUAGUCUAUUUUGUGGUGGUUUAUUCAGAACUGUUCGUUACCUCUAUGUACAAGAAUUCUUUCGUCCAUUUGAAAAUGAUUUCUUUGUUCGAAUUGCUCAAGCUUUUCCAUUACUAAAUAAAUUAACAAUACUUAAUAGAUAUAAACAACCCAAGUUAAAACAUCAACAAAAUAAACAUGAAUCAACAUCUUCAAUUAUUGAGUUUUCUCAUCUAAUGAUACUCAAUGUCGCUAUGUCUUGUAUCGAUUAUGCAAAACAAUUUAUUUUCGACUUUAAUACACGUCUACCUUGUCUUAAUAGAUUACAUAUUAAAUAUAAAGACUUGGUGAUCGUAACAGACAAUUUCACAAACAAUGAUGCUCGUGCUAAUUGUUCAAAAUUGCAACAUAUUAUUUUUGAUUCAAUACCAACGAUAUAUCCAGAGAACUUCUACCAUUAUUUUCCUUUGUUCUCAAUAAAAUAG